UUCUCUCAAAAGAGAACUAGGAUGACGUAAACAUGGAUUGAGGGAAAUAUGGGCUUCUUUCGCCUAAUGUACAGACGCAAGCAUAUAUUAUUCUUUUUAUUGUGUGCAACAACGUGCUGGUUGCUUUAUCACAUAUUUUAUUUUUCAUCAGAUCAAGUAGUACAUGAUCAAAGUAGUAAACAUGCAAUAUCAUUCCAAACCAACCAUAUCAGUGUUCAAGACACGGUUCGGAAGGCCACUGAUGUGAAACAUGAAGCAAAAGAAAGCGGGGUGCUGCAGCCUCCACCUCGAAAUGAAGAUGUUCAACCACUAACGAGGAAGGAUAAUGCUAAGUCUAAAGAUGUUCAAAGGAAGGAAGAUGCUAAACCCCCUGAAAGAAAGGAAGAUGUUCAACCAUCUGAUGGUAAAAAAGAUUCUCCACAGCAACAGCAGAAAGACUCGUCAAAACUUGAUGCUAAAAAGACUGAUAAAAGUGAUGGAAGGAACUCAAUGGCCUCUUUGACUGCAGCUCCAUUAAAGAAAGGCGACUCCAAAAUCCAAGAUGAGAAAAAUGUCAGCAAAAAGGCACAGCCUAAGGGAGAGGGUCAUUUAGAUACAAUGUUAAAAAUUGGAGAGAAGCUGAAAAAUAAGACACUGGACUUGGGUGAGAAAAUGAAGAACAAAACCAUUGAGAAACUCUCCCAGCUAGGGGUGAUCAAGUCUUCGAACCCUCUGAGGUACGUCUUUGUACCCGAUGUCUGGAAAUUGAAACUGACUCUAGACGACCUAAGUCAAGUGAUGAAAGACACAGAUCACCUGAGUAAGCAAGAGAAGAUAGAUGUGAAUUAUCCGAAACUUGUCCACGUUAAGAGUAAUUUGACCGAGGGUAAUUUGACAGUUGCCUUGCGAAAGGUCGUGAUGGAAAAUCCAGUAGGCUUCUGUGAUUGCAAAGACUAUGAAUGCAUGUGCUGUUCUAGGGUCACUCAUAAGAGGAUCCAAGUCAACCUCACUGCAUGUGCCAAUGUUACCUUCAUGUCCAAAUCUCAGGAGCUCAAUUUCAAGUUUUCCAUGGACAAUAGAACUGUAUAUCAGAAACAAAUAGCAGUUGAACCAGCUCCAAAGAUCUGCCUCGGCUCUCAUUCCAAAGUUGCAGAUAUCUGCGUGAACUUCCUAAACACGACGUCCAAAGUCACUGUUUUGGAGGAUCACAAGUUUUUGGUGGUGGGCUGUCUAGAAUUCAGCAUCAGUUUGUUCAAUAAGACGGUCAGUGCUUUCCCAGUGGACUGCUUUCAGAUGCCCAGUCAUCAACAUCAUCAGAAGGAAGAAGGGGAGAAGAAGAUGGCGCAAGACUUGGGGAAUUGGAUGCCAUAGGAAACUUUAAUUUAUUGACUGAAUGCAUGUUUUAGGGAUGGAAUGCCAAAGGAUGUUUAUUUUUGCAUUAACAUUAUAGAUACACAGUGGUUUCAUAUCGAAAGCACCAAUUUUUCAUGGAUUUCAAAAGACACACAGUUUCAAGAGGCAUUGCCUUUGCAAAUGCAAAUAAAUGUUAUUUUUUUAUUUUGAUGAACACUCGAUUUCAUUGAUUUUUUUUUUACAAUUAAUGAAAUCCAGGUAAAACUGGUGUUAUCAAAUAACAAUGAAACUACAGUAUUUUAGAAUCAUAUUAAUUUAUUCAGGCCAUAUUUUUUUGAUUGGAAUGUUUUUAUAGGUUUAUGGGGGCUUGGUUUCUGGGAAAUACCAGCAUGAAUAGUGAAAAAAAAAAUGACAAAUAUUAAUUUUAAAUGGGGAGGUACACAUAGAUUUAUGGGUCAGGUUUAAAUCAAAUUCCAACUGUAAACCACAACAAAUUCUCCUGAUACAUGUUUGCAUUCCGCAGUAUUGAGAAUGUUGAACACUGUGUGAUCAUUAAUUUAUCAAUGUUUUAUCCUCUGUUUUGAAUCAUGUAAUUUGUGUGUGUGUGUGUGUGUGUGUUUGUGUAUGUGAUAUCUCACCACAGCAAACUACUUCGAUAGUGCCAACAUGUUCACCUUUUGAAUAAUAUGUUUUUUUCACAUUAGAACUAUUUUGUUCAGGAUAUAUGAUGAUUCCUAAAGCAUUAUUUAUCAUUUUUUAAAAGAGAAUAGUUUGUCCUAUUGAAUUUAUUAAAAUUUCCUACGGCAUUAUUAAUUUAUUGUAUUAUAUGAACUACUGUAGAAGCACAUAUUAUCGUUGGGUUAAAAUUAAGGUGUUUUUUAACCAAAAACAAUUUCGUUAACAUUUAAUUUCAUCUUAUUGUAAUCCCUAAAAUGUAUCGCAUAUCAACUUUAUAUUUGUUAAUACUUAGGUUUGAAAUUUGUCCAGGAUUUAAUUUCGUUGAUUAUUACUGCUGCCUAACGAUAUUAACGAAAUUAAAUCCAUGACAAAUAUUUUUGCUUCUACAGUAUGCUUUAUUAACCAGUAGAAUGCAUCCGUUUGUUCCACAUGAUAGCAAAGCAUUUACUCAUAAGUCUUUAUAAAUUUAAGUCUCAUUUUUUGAAUAUAAUUAGAUAUUAUUAAAACAUUUCACAGACAUUAACGGUAAAUGUUUUAAAUAUUUUCUUUCAUGGUGUAUUCUAAAAUUGUUAGUGAUUUAGUUAUGGCAGUUUUUUGAUAAUCAAUUUCGAUUUAGCAAAAAAAAUUAGAUAUCUAUAUACAAACUUAAGGAAAAAUUAACCUUUAUAAAUAUCUUUGAUUGACAUCUAUUUUACAUUGUGUAAUAUCAACAGCAGUCUGUAGCCUGUAAACUGACUGUUUUACUACCAGAAUUGUCUUACAGAUACUAUAAUUGUGAAAGUAUUUAGUUUUCUUUUAUAAUUUGUUUUUUUUUUGUCUUUACAAAAAUGCAAAAUGAAAAAAUAAGCAUAACUAUUAUUCCCAGUAUAUUUUUUGACAAAAAAUGAAUGAUGUUGCCAGUCAGCUUAUAGACGAAUCCAUACAAGAAUUUUUUUUCACAUGGAUCUUUUGUGAAUUCCUUUAGUGAAAGUUUAACAGUAAACAGUACUUCGAUAGAUGAUCUUUUAUAUAGAUAGAAUGUGGUAUUUUUAUUACCGUAUAUAGGAUCUUUUAUUUAUAAUGUAGUGACCUUUAACAUGUUUAAGGAAAGGAAGGACACUAUUUAGAAAAUACUUCUAAUUGUAAAACAAAAUACUGAAUGAAAUUGGUAAUGUAAAUUAAGGCUGUAGGUAGAUGAAAGAAUGUUCACUUGGUGUAUAACUUGGAACAAAUUUUUCACUUAAGAUUUCAAUCUACUCAUCAGAUCACUAGACAGAAAUAAGUGCUAAUAAAAAAAAUCAAAAUAUGUUACUCUUUACAUAUAAAACAUGUAAGGAUAACUUUUGAAUUUAGAAGGGGUCAACUCAUGUGGCCAUCAUUUUCUAUAUUAAAUUAAAAAAAUCUUCUCCCGAGUUUCAAUUUGUAACAGUUCUAAGUAAAAUAAUUAUGGAAAAUCGAUGAUGUCUUGUCGCUAAAAGAAGAAUGAAUUGACUAUAAUCGCAGUUUCCCUUCACAACUGCAUUGUAAAAUUCUGUACCAAGGUCAGAAAGAUUAUACUUAUCACUAGCUGUAGGAAUCUGUUCAUACCAUAAGUGUUUGCUAGAAGACCCGUCUUGAUUUUGAUAGAACUAUCUUCUUUUUAUUGAAAAAAAACCCAGAUAUAAGUCAUCUCUUUGCAACCAUAUGUUUUCCAAUGAGGGGAAAAUCCUUUGGUAAAGGAACAUUAUGACAUAUUUAACCCAUCAUCCUUAGCUUUUGGGAAUGGUGUUUAACAGUGUUUUCUUUAUUCUUUAAUCAAUUUUUUUUUUUUAGUCAUUUAUCAUGUACAUUUGUAAAUCAAUCAAUGUACACAUCUCAAACUUUUGAAAUGAGUUUUUGGUGCUUUUGGAUCAUUCAUUUUUCUCUGUUCAUGAAUUUUCACUUUCUGUUUGUGGACUUUCACUUUGUGAUUGUGUUUGCUUUCACUUGUUCACCAAUGAUCAUUGUCAUACAUUGUUUUUUUUUUAUAUGACUGAUUGAAUAUUUAAAUGAAUAUCAUAUUUUUUCUCUAUUCAGUAGUAAUAUAAUACGUGUUAUGCCAUGUUAGUGUUUGUUGACCAAACAGGAAAAUAAGUUAAAUGAUAUAUUAUGUAUAAUUAUGUGACUAUAUGUUUAGGGAAAAUAUUUUAAAGUCCUCUUUUGUCAUAAAUACAGUCAGUUAAUUGAUUUAGGUAACAAUAUAUAUAUUCUAUGCAAACACAGUCAUAGUAAAACAAGGGCUUUACGAUUUGUACAUAUGAUACAUUAUCUUGCAAUACUUAUAGUAUAGAGUUUUACACAAUUUAUUUUAAUUUUAAUGUACAUUUUUCAAAUGCAAACAUACUUAAUCUGUAUUAACAUAAUGUUUUACACAAUUUAUUGAUAAAAGAAGCAAUACCUGAUACAAGAACAUGAAAUUAUUUUUAUCAUAUUCGUUUGCAUUGUGAAAUAUUAAUAAAGAUUUUAACAAAAAAUAGGCUAAAAGAACUUGUCAGAAAAGUGUUAUAUGUAGUGCUACUCGGAUGAUGAAUCAAGUUUGAGUUUAUCAUGGAGAUCUACUCACUAAUGAUAUUUGUAUUUUCUUUUCCUUGGUAAUUUACAUUUUUCAGGGGUUUAAACUGUCAAAGACAGCAUUAUUUUGUUUUUUGAUUCAUCGAAACUUAUUGUUGGUUCAAACUUGAUUAUGUUCAUAUUAUGCAACUGUGUAGAAUUUUAAGAGUUCUAGACUUAAUACACUUUCUCAGCUUUUGUCAAAUUUCAUAAUUUUUUGUCGAAUGCCAAUUAUUUUUAAAAAGGUCUGAGCAUUGAUAAAAUUGUGUUUAUUUCAAAUUGCUUUUGUUAAGAGUAUGAUUGUUCUCUUGGGUACAUAUAUGCUCAACAACUAACCUACUUAGUUCUCUUUUAAUCUCCAGAAUCAGUGAGAAUUCAACAUGUCCACAGCUUCUUUCUGAUGGCAUUUAAUUCCAUCAGUAAAUUAGUAAUAAUAAGAGCCCUUGGGUUAAACAAACCAUGUAGUUAAUUUCAGUACAAUCUUUGCUGUAAAGAUAUCAAGCGUUAAUGAUUGUUAAUUUUUUACUUGUAUAUUUGCAUGAUAGCAGGUGUAUGAGUGAUAAUGCCAUAAAAUUGUAAUCUGGUUUAUUGAUGAAAUAUUGUAGAGCUCGAUUUAUUAUUUUAUUUAAUAUUUUUUGCCCAUGUUCAUACUCACGAAUAAAGUUUGAAAACUCA